AUGUUCAAUCAUUACCCCACGUUGCUGACUGCCGCCCAACCAGCGAUCACGGGCAAGGAUCAGUUGAGCCUCACGCGCCCAAUGGAACCUCGACUCUCUGAUCUGCUACAACACCAAUUGAAUAUAGCACACCCACCUCUCCCCCAGGAAAGGAACACCCCCCCCCCACGAUACUCACAAUACACCCACAUCCACACACACAAUGACGACCCCCAAGAUCCCCGGCAUGACGCCAAACACAUUCCCCUUCUCCCCCGCGCUUCUCGGCCAGUCGCCGGCCGCGCACCAGCUCAUCAGCAAGCACCGCUCGCCCGCGCCCCUCCAGCCCGGCUUCAGCACUCCCGAGGCCAUCGCCAGCAUGGGCAUUGGCCUGACGCCCAGCGCCUCCGGCUCGGCGGGCAAUCUGGGCAUCCCGCAGAUCAGCAUGGCCGGCAUGAACAUGCCGCCGGACGAGAGCAAGAAGCGCGAGCUGGCCGAGAUACUGCGCCUGCUGGCCCUGCGGCCUGGGAGGAUCUCGGAGGAGGGGUGGAGAGGCUGGCGAAACGAAUGGGAUUGGACUGCUACAAAGACACUACGAUACCCGGCGUGACCACACUGUCCCUCGCAGCAAAGAUCUUCCUCCUCGAUAUCGACUUCCGCGACUCUCAGAUCCCGCGCGUGACUCUCUCCUUCGCCCACCCCCCGGGCCCCUCACAGGAGUUCGCCCACCUCGCCGACGCAAUCCUGCACAAGAACCUCAGCCCGAACCCGAAGGAGCACCCCCCGCUGAUACCGCCCUCGCUCUCCGCCUUCGCCGACAACCUCAACCGCCUCGCAAAGAUUGACUGCCUCAGCGCCCUGCCACACCUCAACUGCUUCACGGCAAUAACAGGCCUCUACACCUCCCUCUCGCGCAUCUUCGCCCACGAAUCCACAACCCUCGAAGGCGGCGCCGCCGCCGCAACCUGCAAGGGCACCGGCCGCCCACGCAUGCACGCGCGCUCCAAAGUCGGCCUCAGCAUCGACUACUGGCAAGAGCACCGCUUCACCACCCCCACCCCCACCACCUCCACCUCAGAAGAAGACGAAGACACCCCCAAAACCUACCGCGUCCUCAUCGAAGUUGAAGAGCUCCCCACCGACUUCACACACCUCAACCCCAUCACCCCCGUACGCACAUCCACCGAGUGGGUCUCGGACGAAAUCAAGAAGCCCAGCGACUCCACCGACAACCUCUUUGGCGACUCGCCCGACUCGGACAUCACCGACUGGCUCGACCCGCCGCUCGAAGAGCUCCUCGAGACGCCCGUCCCCGCGCGCUUCGUCGCCGUGCUCGACCCCCCCGUGCCCAUACCGUUCGUCGACGAGCUCCACCUCUUCAACGCGCUCAUGCUCGCGCCGCCGCAGGGCGUCAACGUCGACACCCUCGAGGCGCUCCUCUUCCCCUCCGCCGCGCGCGCAGCUCAGAACUCCUCCUCCUCCUCCUCCUCCUCCUCCUCGCCGCUGCAGGCCACAAGAACCGUGUUUGGCCCCUCCUCCUCCUCCGCCGCCGCCGCAGCAGAAGAGGCAGCCGUGCAUAGGUACCGCCUUUACACGGGAUAUAAACCCGUCUAUGCACGCUUUAUAAGUGAGGUGCCGUUCUCGCACCCCAAGGAGCUCGUCGGCGUGUUCCAGAUACUGCGCCAGUUUGUGUUUGUGGGCACGCUGCUGCGCAGCUGCUUUGACCCGCUUGCGCCUGCGCCUGCUGCUGCCGCGGUUGACGCGGACGAGAACGAUGAUGAGGACGAGGACGACUUGGACGCGUUUAUGGGCGAUGCGAAGCCUGCGGCGGAGAGGGAGGUGGCGCUGACGGUGGAUUUGUCGCUGGGGAGUGGGGGUGCGGGGGCGGGUGGGCAGCAGGGUGGUGGUGGUGGUGGCGCGUUUAGUUUGGGUGUGAUUUUCCCCGUGGAGGAGCGUGGGCUGGUGAGUUUUGGGGUGGAGGUGGGGAGGAAUGCGGAGGUGAGGGUUGUGGGGGUGGGGGAUGUGGAUGUGGCGGGGGUGGAGAGGGCGGUUGUUGCGGUGGAGGAUUUGGGGGUUGUGGUGGAGUGGGUGAGGAGGGGGGGAGGUAGUGGAGUGGGAGAAGGGGGGGAGUGGGAGUGGGAGUGGGAGUUUUUGCUUUGGGUGGUUUGGAGUAGGUAG